AUGGAUCUUCCAGUUGUGGUUGAUUCGAACGACGAUGAAAUAGUCUCCCACGAACUAAAGCAAAUGAGGAGUAUAUUGGAAGAGGCGAUUUUGGAAACGCGCAGCACCCCUCUCGAAAAUCGACCGCAACUUCCCCGCAUACCCCUAAGCAAGCGAAAUCAGGCUGUCGUGAGGGCUCUUAACCCAAUGCUGGUGACCUACUUGGAAGCCAGCCGGGACCUUUGCGAGACGGACUUUCAAUUCUCUUUGGCGCCGUAG